UACUAAUGAGAUGCAAACACGGAGAUAGGAGUAACUAUAGUUAUAGUACUACUCUAUACUACAUAUGUAGUGUAGUAUAUUGAUGACGCCUGCAUAUAUAAAACACCCCGACCACAUACAACCAACCCAACUUUACAAUAUAUGGAAUCUACCCUUGCAAGAUAUUAUAAAUCAUGCCCAUGAAACUCUCCGGAAGCUGCCAAUGCGGCGGUGUCGAGUUCGCCCUCGACUCCAACACGCCAGUGCCCUACCAGCUCUGCGCGUGCAGCAUCUGUCGCAAGGUCGGCGGAUACAGCGGUAGUGUCAAUCUGGGGGGGAUAGCUGAUUCCCUUGAAAUCAUCACAGGGAAGGAGCUUAUCAAGAAGUAUACUGCAGUCAAGGAUAGAGGUACGGCAGAGGAAUCGCCGUGUUCGUCCGAGCGCAGCUUCUGCUCAAACUGCAGCACCAUGCUCUGGGUGUGGGAUCACCACUGGCCGGAACUGAUCCAUCCGUUCGCGUCGGCGAUCGAUACGGAGCUGCCCGUCCCGGAGGAGAUGGUCUGUAUCAUGGCGGGUUCGAAGCCGGCUUGGGUGCGCUGGCCGGAGGGGAAGAAGCAGGUACAUGAGCUGUAUGGGCCGGAGAGUCUGGAGGGGUGGCACAAGAAACAUAAUUUGUUCAAGUGACUACAGACAUCUUGUACAAUGACUACGGUUGUCUCGAGGACUAACUAGACAACUACGUGCGAGGGAUAUUUGCAGGUAUCAAUAUUAUUUAUGAACUAUGAUGAGGGUAUCGGAAUCUAUAGAACAGUCAGUAUAUGAAAGUCUAGAUAAUAUGCAAUAUAGUGCAAAAGAGGAGAUAUCAGUUCUCCAAGGUGAAAUUUUUUGUUUCUUCAAUGUAGUUCAGCAAGAACACAGCGAAAAAAUUGAGUUCAUCAGGUGACAAGGCGAAGGGGGGUAACAAGGUGGAAGACCUACCAUAGGAGGGUUCGUGAAGAAUUUACAAAUGCGUGUUCUCGACAAUACCUAUCGACGUCGGGGGUCAGCAACAGAACAGAAACAUAUUGCGUGUGACAAUCGAGUCAAAGUGUAGAGCAUGUCAACUAGAGUCAGGCU